CGCCUCCUCCUUCAUUCCGCUGCUCCUUCUUCGUCAAUUUCAACAGCUAAGAUCAAACCGAGCUUGCCGAAGGACGCUUCAAGCUGCUCUCCGAUCUGCAUUUCCCUGUUGGCGAGCGGAAUCUCUGCGGUUUGUCGCUCAAUUUCUCCGUCGAAGCAGCUCGACGAUGAUCCGAUUCAUACUUCUGCAGAACAGGCAAGGCAAGACUCGCCUGGCCAAGUACUACGUCCCCCUCGAGGAUUCCGAGAAGCACAAAGUCGAGUACGAGGUUCAUCGGUUGGUGGUGAAUAGGGAUCCUAAAUUCACGAACUUCGUUGAGUUCCGGACGCAUAAGGUUAUCUACAGGAGAUAUGCAGGGCUGUUCUUCUCUCUCUGUGUGGAUAUUACGGACAAUGAAUUGGCAUACUUGGAGUGCAUCCAUUUAUUCGUCGAGAUAUUAGACCACUUCUUCAGCAACGUGUGCGAGCUUGAUUUGGUGUUCAAUUUCCACAAGGUUUACCUGAUACUCGAUGAAUUCAUUCUUGCUGGGGAAAUUCAAGAAACAAGCAAGAGGGCUAUUAUAGAGAGAUUGGGGGAACUGGAAAAGCUUGAAUGAUAGGUUAUCCUCUUUGCCACAGAGAGAGAGAGAGAGAGAGAGAGCUUCAUGAGGCAUUAAUUUCUGUAUUGUAGUGUUUCAAGUGUUCCAUUCUAAUUCUAUGUUCAUGUUUGUGAAAUAGUUCUUUGUUCUUUUCUCUGGGUAUUAUUGCAACACACUUUCACUUCAUGGUGGUGUUAUGUCAGCUUGUGUUCUGUGGCGAAAAUUACGGAAAGUUUGUUAAUAAUUU